CAUCCUUUCAACGGAUAUAACCCCUUCUGAACUCGUCUUCUUCCUCUCGCUACCGAAUCUUAACCCGACCCGAAUUCCGACUACAAUUUCCCCAAAUCUUUGCCUCUUUUUCCAAAAUGGCUCCUACAAAUCCCAACACCUGGACCCACGAACCCUCCAUUAUCAAGGAGGACGAAAUUCGAGAGGUGGCCGUGCUCCUGGGCAAGGGUUUCCGGGUCCACCAUCCCGAUGCCGUUGGGGGGAUUAGUCUAUCCCACAAUCCAAAUCCCCAGAAAUACAUGGUCAUGCAAUACCAUUCUGUGGAAAAUGGGUUUAGGUUACCCCUCCACAGUUUGCUUCGCGAUCUCUGCCGCCAUCUCGGAUUUGCUCCGGAUCAAUUGACUGCCAACGCGCACAAGUAUGUCGCGUCUUACAUCCUGCGGUGCUGCGCCCUAGGCAGAACCCCAACCCUGGGCGAGUUUCUCACCCUCUUCAGCAUCGGUGGAUCUUUCCCUUUUUGCAGCUUGUAUCCCCAUAACCAUGCCCCAAUUUUCGAGAGGGUUGAGUUCAAGAACGAAAAAUGGUCACUGAGAUACUUCGUCAUUGAGUUCCCGGCUCACAGUCCCCUUGACCUACCGGGUGUUGUUCUCCGUCGUUCCAUUUCCCAGACAAAAUUUACCGCAGCAGAAUUGGCGGAGGAAGUGUACAAUGCCUUGAGAGAGAAAGAGGGUUUAAUUUCACACCACUCUCUUCAAGACGCCCAAUUGUACAAGAAGGUGGGUUUCUACUUCCCCCUCGGUCCUGAGCCGAUUCCAUUCGAAGGGGAGUCUUCCCCUGAAAGAUCGAAGGCUCCUCCUGCUGCAGAGUCCAACCCAGCUAUGAGCUCUCCCGGGAACCAAUCCCAGGGCAACUCCACUUCCUUGGCUAUCUGCAAGCCGGCCGCUGCCCUGGAAGCCAUUCCUAUCUCUGCCAUUCCUGGGCUUAGGAGACCCACUCCGUCCCAAAAACGGCCACGGGAAGGAGUCACUGAUGAUGAUUUCCUUCCCAAGAAGAAUAAGGGUGAUGGUACUUCUGUUUCGCCCAGCCCCCUGUCGACUUCUUCUGGUACUCAGAAUACCACCUCUGUUGCUGCACCCGGAGGUUUAGAGCUACCCAACCCGGAGAGCUUGGACCAUGAGGCAGAUGAACUCCCAGACCAAGCACCACUCAAAAAACCAGCGGUGCAGCCUCAGCCUGAUGUGAACAACACCUCCCCACAAGUUGCAUCUGCUCCCCAAGAACUGGAGGAAGAAGUUGAGGAGCAGAAAGAACCAGAAUCUUCUCAUGCAGCAGAGAAGGAGAUCGAAAUACAGAAAGUGUCGGACGCCCCCUCCACGGCGGAGAAAGAAGCUGCAGAGCAAAAAGAUGCUUCCCAUUGGACUAUCCAGGGGAAUCUAGAGAAGAUGAUGGAAUCAGUGCAGGAGCCUACAAUUCCCCAAGCUCGCCCUGACUUAUUUGCCCUCACUGCUUUGCACUUCAUGGAGCAGGCCCAACAAUCACUCCUCACUUUGACUGAGGAGUCCCUGGGUGGAGCAUCAGGAAACUACCGGGCCGUAAUGCUCCUAAAGAAGAAUGAGUUGGCUGCCAGGGCUCUACAACAGAAGAUUGACUCCCUGGAACAACAAGUCCAGGUCCUUCAGGAAGAGAGUGCCCGGCUCAAGGCAGAUGGCUCAACAGAGCUAGCAGCUGAGAGGUCCAAAGUCAAGUCCUUGCAAGAGCAGAUUACUUCUUACCAAAGGGGGACUCAAGAUCUGGAAAUGCAGUUCGACAGACUCCGAGCACAAAUCUUCAUUCUGGAGUCAAGGGCCUCAACUUCAGAAGACAAGGUAGAAAGUCUGAAAGCUGAGUUGGUCGAAAGGGAAUCCCGGAUCUCUGAUCUGGAGAAUUCCCUCCAGGAGGCCAAGCAUGAGGGUUCCCGUCUUAACGAACUCGCACUGAAACAGAUGGAAGCGAGACGGCUUACCCUCGAGAAGUUGGGGGAAGAGAGACAGACUACAAGCGAGCUCCGGUCCAAGAUGGGUGAACUGGAGAAGGCAAUUGCUGCCCAUCAAGAGGAGGUUGCAGGCCUGACUGCCCGUGCUGAAGCCCUCUACGAAGAAGGGAAAUUUGACAAGCAACACUGCAUUUAUGAGGCGGUCCGAUCUCUGGAUGAUUUCCUCUCCCACUACGGAUUACCUCUCCCUCUUUCUCCCCCAGAUUCUCGUGCUGACCCGGGGCCUUGACUUUAUCUCUCUCUGCUGACUGUUGUAUUUUGCUUUGUAACAUUUAGAUGGUAGUAAAUUGAUAACACCUGA